AUGUCUAAGUAUGAUGUUGAUGGUGCAGAUGUGCUGGUACUACGCGAUAAAUUAGACAAGUUUUCUCGCCUUUCACUAGGAAUUAACAAAUCACUCGAAAAUAUAGGAAGAACAACGAUUCAGUCAAGCAAAUUAUUCACACCGAUUGUGCAGUCUAAUACUAGGCUUGGAAUUCUGCAGAAAAACAUCGAAAGCAGUCUUGAAGCAAUCUCCUCCAUCAAAGACUUGGCGAACGAUGCUUCCAAACACGAGUUGGUCCUCACGCAGGGAAUUUCCAAAGUGGGUUUACGCCCGUACAUCAAAGCAAUUCGCAAGCUCCAGGACAUACAGUACAGCAUGGACUAUCAGAAGGAAAUGUCCCCAGAAUCUAAUGAAUUUCAGGGCGUACGAACUCAUCUCUCACAAAUCGUGCAAUCAAGCGAAGAUGAACUGAAGGCUUAUGUCACUUCAAUACUGCGUAAGAUCGAACCCUUCGAUCCGCAGAUUAUGCUAAAUAACAAAGUCCCCUUCCCAUACUACGAAGACGAGGAUAUUGCUGAAUUGACCAGCAUCUUAAGCUAUUUUGGUAAAUCUGGGGGGCCAUCUGUGACAGCCAUUAUCGCAAACAAUAGGAGUCAGCUCAUUCUCAAAAGUUUGGCAUUUUUGGAGCCAUUUGUGAAACAAGUGACUGAUAAUCCUAACGUGCCUUACCGCAAAGGAAGUAGUGGUUUCUUAAACUACAACGAGGCACUGCUUGGAUUCAUCGCUAACGAAUAUACACUCACAGGUGAUCUAUACCCUCAGAAUCCCAAUUCGCAAGCUGAAGUUUUUGCCAGCAUAAUGGCUCCAAUAAUGAGCAACUAUGUGAAGUUGACAAGUUUGAAUUUGAAUCUCAUAAAGUCAAAUUUGUCCAACUUUGGCUUAUUCACCUUUGAGCUAGCUGAGUGUAUCGCUAGCGUCCUCAAAUUGAUAAAGAACAAGCCGCUAGAAAAUAACUUGGCACUGGAACAGUGCCAUCAGGAAGCUACAUCCAUUCUUUACUCCUUGUUUCGAGAUCUAAUAAGCUACAUCGAAGGAAAAGCGGCACAACUUUCACAACUGCCAAGCGACAACGGUGUCAUCGAAUCGACUAUCGAUGUGAUGUCUCGCCUGCGAAAAUUUAGCGAAUACAAGCAGGGAUGUUUGAACUGUGUGGCAGGAAUGAGGCGAGACGAAUGGUUACCCAAAGACUUCAACGAGAAGGAAUACACCUUACAAGAUCGCCAGGCCAUAACACAAGCUGCGCUGUUGCUUUCGUGCUUUUUUAGUGACUGCAUUGACUGCCUGGUGGUUUCGUUAGAGAGACGAGCUCAGCGAUUACUGAUGCCCAACCAUGAGCCUGAUAUUGCGAAUCCUAAUAGCGCCCGCAACACUUAUAAGCAGCGCAUUGGGUUUUUUCUCAUUACUAACAUUACACUUAUAGAACAAAUUGUUUCAAGGUCUGAGCUCAGUUCAAUUCUUGGUGAGCAAGGAAAUGCUCGUCUGGAAAAAUUAAAGAAGCGGUACGUCAGCUAUUUUGUUUCGGAUUGGAGAACGCUUACAUCAAAUUUACUUGACGCCGUUUUCGUUGAUAGCUCGGGCAAAGUUUCGUCCAAGGACAAAGACCAGAUCAAAGAAAAAUUCAAGAAAUUCAAUGAUGGCUUCGAAGAGUUGGCGUCAAAUUUUAAGCACUUUAGAAUCUCGGAUCCAACCAUGAAAAAGCUUCUGAAGAGCGAAGUCAACUCGUUAGUUUUGCCUCUAUAUGAGAGAUUUCAUGGACGUUACAAAGAUUCGUUUAAAAAUCCGAGGAAGCAUAUCAAAUACACUCCUAGUGAGUUAGCCACUGUUCUCAAUUCACUUGAUAGAUGA